CCCCUCCCCCUCCCCCUACGACUCUGGUGCUCAUCGUGGAUGAGCACGCCGCCCCCUAAUUCCAUCGCCACUUCCUUCGCGCCUACUCACACACUCACUCGCUCAUUCACUCACUCCAUCUCACCAUACCCAUAUCCCAUCGCAUUACUUGUUGCCGCUGUGCCAUUCUCAUUUAUAUUUGAUUUUGUGUUAAGCCUGAUUGAUUGGAUCGAAGACCUCUUUAUUGUUGCCUUAACGAGACUGAUCACUAUAAGAGGUGAUGCGGUAGAGAUAGACGAGGAGCAGGUGCCGUGGUCUUCUUUCCCUCUAGCGAAGCUCGGCUGAGCUUAGCUGUGAGCUGAGCUUCGGCCGCGGAAGAGAUGUAUGGCAGUGGAUGGGUUGCCUUUGAGCAUUAGUGGCAAGCCUGCCAACGCAAUCUGCUGUCUUAAUUGUUUUGGAGAGGCGCCUGCCAGUCGUGGGGCUGCCGCUCAAGCGCUUUCUACGAGUAGCAUUUCUUUCGUCUCGAGACAACUUGGAAGUAGACAGAGCCUUAAAAUUUGUUUACGAUGGCGUCCGCCAAGUUGGCCUACUCGACGGGAAGUGGCAUCAAGUCGAAGCACAGCGUACGCGUGCAGCAAACCACAGCAGAUGCGAAGCUUCAAGCCGCCUACGAGGAAUCAAACGACUCUGGGGAUUCAUUUGAUUACUCGAAAUCAGUCGGCCAGGCCGCCAAAUCCACUGUGCAACAGGUUCCUGCUCAAGCAGUGACAGCCUACCUGCAGCGGAUGCAGCGAGGGGGUCUUACACAGACUUUUGGGUGUAUGCUGGCCGUGGAGGAGAACACAUUUAGGGUCAUUGCUUACAGCGAGAAUGCUCUGGAUAUGCUUGACUUAAUGCCACAAGCUGUACCGAGUGUGGGGCAACAGGAUGUUCUCGGAAUUGGAACCGACUCGAGAUCAUUGUUCACUCCUUCGAGUGCGGCUGCGUUAGAACGAGCUACACAACAAUCAGAUUUGAGCAUGGUGAACCCUGUCUCUGUCCACUCUAGAAGCUCAGGGAAGCCAUUUUACGCCAUUUUACAUCGCAUUGACGUAGGGAUAGUGAUGGACUUUGAGCCUGUUCGACCAAAUGAUGUGGUAGUGUCCUCGGCUGGAACCAUUCACUCUCACAAGCUUGCAGCAAAAGCCAUUUCUCGCCUUCAGUCGCUGCCUGGGGGCGACAUUGGUCUUUUGUGCGAUACCGUAGUCGAAGAGGUUCGUGAGCUCACGGGUUAUGACCGGGUAAUGGCGUACAAAUUUCAUGAAGACGAGCAUGGGGAAGUUCUGGCUGAGAUUCGAAGAUCAGACUUAGAACCUUACUUAGGGCUACAUUAUCCUGCAACAGAUAUUCCGCAAGCUUCUAGGUUCCUCUUCAUGAAGAAUAGGUUUCGGAUGAUCGUUGAUUGCUAUGCGCCCCCUGUGAAGGUUAUUCAAGACAAGGACUUACGACAGCCGCUCACUCUUGCAGGAUCCACUCUGCGAGCUCCUCAUGGUUGCCAUGCGCAGUACAUGGGGAACAUGGGAUCUAUUGCGUCUGUUACAAUGGCUGUCGUUGUGAAUGAUCAGGAAGACGACGGUGGAUCGCAGAAAGCGCGUAGAUUGUGGGGAUUGGUGGUGUGUCACCAUACAUCUGCCAGGAUGAUCUCCUUCCCUCUGCGUUCGGCGUGCGAGUUUCUGAUGCAGGUGUUCGGCUUGCAACUAAACAUGGAAGUGGAGCUCGCAGCUCAGUUGAGAGAGAAACAUAUCUUAAGGACACAGACGUUGCUUUGUGACAUGCUCUUGCGGGAUGCACCCAUAGGUAUUGUGUCACAGUCUCCCAACAUUAUGGAUUUGGUUAAGUGUGACGGAGCGGCCCUUUAUUAUGGGAAUCGGUUCUGGCUUCUAGGAAUUACACCAUCCGAGCAGCAGAUUAAGGAGAUAGCGGACUGGCUGUUAGAGUGUCAUAAGGACUCAACUGGGUUGAGCACGGAUAGCCUAGCAGAUGCUGGCUAUCCAGGUGCGAACCUGCUAGGUGAUGCUGUAUGUGGGAUGGCAGCUGCAAGGAUCACUCCCAAAGAUUUCCUGUUUUGGUUCAGGUCUCACACUGCCAAGGAAAUUAAGUGGGGAGGCGCAAAGCAUGACGCGGAUGAUAGGGACGACGGAAGGAAGAUGACUCCUCGGUCCUCUUUUAAUGCCUUUCUAGAAGUGGUUAAGAGGCGAAGUGUCCCUUGGGAGGACAUUGAAAUGGAUGCAAUUCACUCUCUGCAGCUGAUCUUGAGGGGGUCUUUUCAAGACAUUGAUGACAGCGAUACUAAAACAAUGAUACAUGCACGGCUGAACGAUUUGAAGUUGCAGGGUAUGGAUGAGCUUAGCACAGUUGCCAAUGAAAUGGUUCGGCUGAUUGAAACAGCGACAACACCCAUUCUUGCGGUUGACUCUAGUGGGUUUAUUAAUGGGUGGAACGCGAAAGUAGCAGAAUUGACUGGACUUUCUGUUGGUGACGCUAUGGGCCGAUCCUUGGUUAAGGAUCUGAUUUUGGAGGAGUCAGUGGAGGAUGUGCAGAGGCUGCUGUAUCUUGCCUUACAGGGAGAAGAAGAGCAAAACGUUGAGAUCCGAUUGAGAACAUUUGGGCCGCAGAAGGCGAAAGGUGCAGUGAUUUUGAUAGUAAAUGCCUGUUCAAGCAGGGAUGUACAGGAGAACGUGGUCGGAGUGUGUUUCGUAGGGCAGGACGUGACAGGGCAAAAGAUGUUACAUGACAAAUUCACACGUAUUCAUGGUGACUACAAAAGUAUCGUCCAGAAUCCAAAUCCAUUGAUUCCACCUAUUUUUGGAAGUGAUGACUUAGGUUAUUGUACCGAGUGGAGUCCUUCAAUGGAGAAGCUAACAGGAUGGAAGAGAGAUGAGGUACUUGGAAAAAUGCUGGUUGGGGAAGUAUUUGGUAUGCAUCUAAUGUGUUGCCGCCUUAAGGGCCAGGACGCAGUGACUAAAUUCAUGAUAGUUCUUAAUAACGCUAUGGAUGGUCAAGAUACAGACAAAUAUCCAUUCUCCUUUUUCGAUCGUCAGGGGAAGUUUGUGGAAGCUCUGCUUACGGCUAACAAGAGAACGGAUGCAGAUGGAUACAUCACAGGUGUUUUUUGCUUUCUGCACAUUGCAAGCCCAGAAUUGUUACAGGCACUAACUGUUCAACGAGCUACAGAGAAGGUGGCUUUUGCCAAACUCAAGGAACUUGCUUAUAUCCGGCAAGAAAUCAAGAAUCCUCUGUAUGGAAUCAUGUUCACUCGAAAUUUGAUGGAGGAUACAGAUUUGUCGGAUGACCAAAAGCAAUUUAUGGACACUAGUGCAGUAUGUGAGCGACAAUUGCGUAAAAUAUUAGAUGACAUGGAUCUCGAGAGCAUUGAAGAUGGGUAUUUGGAGUUGGAAACAGCAGAAUUUGAGAUGGGGUCCAUGAUGGACGCUGUUGUGAGUCAGGGAAUGGUUACGUCAAGAGAGAAAGGCCUUCAGUUAAUUCGUGAAACGCCUCGGGAAAUCAAGGAUAUGUGCUUAUUCGGAGAUCAAGUUCGAUUACAACAAGUUCUUGCAGACUUUUUGCUAAAUGCAGUGCGUUUUACUCCCUCUUCCGAGGGUUGGGUCGGCAUCAAGGUGGUCGCAACGAAAAGGCGCCUUGGUGGUGGCUUUCACGUCGUGCACUUAGAAUUCAGAGUAACACAUCCUGGUUCAGGGCUUCCAGAGGAGCUCAUCCAUGAGAUGUUUGACCGGGGUCGUGGUAUGACUCAAGAAGGGCUUGGGCUGAAUAUGUGCCGCAAACUUGUGAAACUGAUGAAUGGUAAUGUACAAUACAAGAGAGAGACAGGAAAAAGUUACUUUUUGGUCACACUGGAGCUUCCGUUGGCUGUACGAGAUGAUACCGGUACCAUGCGGUAAAUGGCCUCUAGAAUGCCAAUGAACCUUGUUUGUAUACAGGUUGAUAACUUACUUCUCCCCACACCGGUUCAUGUAUAUCUGGAAGACAAAAGUCUCGGAUCAGCAGAGCAGCUUUAUUCUUCUCUUGUGGAAAUUGAGGUCGUGAAACUGCUCACUUUGUAUUGAUCUCGAGCAACACCACAAGUCUCUUCUCUUCAUUUUUUGAGAUGGUUUACAGAGAAGGAGACUAAUCACUGGAAAGAUAGUGAUGAAUGGCGGAGGCUUAUACUCGCGGACUAAGCCGGGUUCAUACUCCUUUGGAACCUUGCUCCGGACCACCUGCCACAUGGUUGUUUUUCUUUUUUUUUUUCUCUCAUUUUCUCACGGGUGACGAACAGUAUUUGGGCAAAACAUGUCCAAAGCAGCGUGUUAAUUUUCUUGAUGACUAAUGCAAUUUUGAUUUUUAGCCUAGAAACAGAACUGUCUUGUGUAUGUUUCAUAUAAGCUGUAGAUGAACAGCUUUGUAUGCGUCAUGAAGGCCCUAUGCAUUCGUAUAUAUCUCUGACGAGUGGUACUCGAUUGGCGAUUCAUGAAUGCUCUCUGUUCUACGACCAAUUUAGAUCCAGACACGACGAACAAUUAUUGAUCUGCUGCUGAUAUUUCCGUUUCAAAAUCUUUCCUGAGCAGUUUUCAGGUUUUCUUUA